UCGCUCCGCUGAAUCCGCCCGCGCGUCGCCGCCGCCUUCGCCGCCGCCGCCGCCCCCCAUCCCGGCCCCCCCGGGUUCCCUCAGCCCAGCCUGGUCCAGCCCGGUUCCCGGGAGGAUGAAGUUCGUGUAUAAAGAGGAGCAUCCGUUCGAGAAGCGCCGCUCUGAAGGCGAGAAGAUCCGAAAAAAAUACCCGGACCGGGUCCCGGUGAUAGUAGAAAAGGCUCCCAAAGCUCGGAUAGGAGACCUGGACAAAAAGAAAUACCUGGUGCCUUCUGAUCUCACAGUUGGUCAGUUCUACUUCUUGAUCCGGAAGCGAAUUCAUCUCCGAGCUGAGGAUGCCUUGUUUUUCUUCGUCAACAAUGUCAUUCCACCCACCAGUGCUACGAUGGGUCAGCUAUACCAGGAACAUCAUGAAGAAGACUUCUUUCUAUACAUUGCCUACAGUGAUGAAAGUGUCUAUGGUCUGUGAAGCUGCUGCCCCUGAAGUGGGGGGUUCCCAUUCUACAGAGAGAGGUGGCCCCCUUCCUUGACCUCCUCCUCCUCCUCCAGGCUCAGACA